AUGAGGGCUCGCGACGUGCCCGCGAGCGUGCGGCGGGCGUACGAGAUCGCCGGAAAGCAGUAUCCGGGCGACGUCGGCCCCCACACGCCGCCCGCGCCGCCCUCGCCCCGCUCGAACCGCGCUUGGGAGCGGCACGGCGCCCACUCCGGAGGUCCGGCUCGCUCCUCCCGUCAUCGACGCGGGCACGACGGCGCGGGCGGGUUCAUCGGGUUCGGUCGCGAGCUGGAGGUGCUCGCGCUGAUAUGCAUCGUCGCGUGCGUUCCGCUGCUCGGGGGCGUGGGCAGGCUGCCGAGCUCCAGGCUGACCCGGCACGACCUGCGCCAGGCGACGGGCUUCGUCGCCGAGAUGCAUCGCGACCCGGCCCAGGGUUGGACGGAGCGGCAGAGGAAACUGGCGCAGCGCGAAGGUCACGACGGCGCGCUCGGACGCGAGAGGGGAGCGGACGACCGUCUAAAUCGGGAACGAGGGACCGCCGGCGAUGGACGCUCGUCCUCGUCGUCGCGUUCGUCGUCGCACGAAUCGUCGGGAAAAAAGCCGUCACCCGGCUUUGCUCGCCGAGACAGUAACACGGGAGUCCGACCCCCGGGCGACACCGGGGACGUGUGCGGCGACGGCGCCGCCCCGGAGAGAGGUCCCGUCAGGAUCUGGGACGGCGUGGAGAUCCGAGGCGGGGACCUACGGCGCGGGCCGCCCGUUCCGGCUCCGGCGUCGCGCGAAGAUUGCUGCCGCGCGUGCCUCGCCGACCCCGACUGCCGCGGUUGGGUUCUCGUGAAGGACGCCGGCGUGUGCUGGCUCAAGGGGAGGUGGGCGGGCGAGCCCGAGGCGGACGCGUGCUGCGAGGGCGCGGACAUGCGGCCCGGCGGGGACUCGCGCGCGCGCGAGGCUGCGAGAAAGACGGCGGAGCUCGAGGAGCAGAAGGAGGCGAGAGAGCGGUCAUAUAACGGGGGGGCGUCGCAUCGGGUCGCGAGGGGGGGUAGCGCGGCGAGGGCCGAGGAGCUUCGGCGCGAGCGCGAGCGCGACGCCGCGGAGGGUCUCGCGAGGAGGAAGGCGCCGCCCCUGGCCGCCGGCGGCAGGAUCGGCGGCCACCUCCUCAUCCUGGUGCCGACGGUGGCGAGGCCGGGGGUUGACUACCUCACCAGGACCGUCGACUCGGCGCUCGCGGAGGCGCGGCGAGGGGAGCACGGCUUCGACAGGGUGACGGUGCGGGUGGUGAGUCACUCGAGCGCGCAGGAGCACGCCGCGUUUCGCAAGAUUCGCGACCGACCCGCGGGGCCCCGGGACAUGGCCGCGAGGGUCGCCCUCGAGGCUGCGGUGGAUGCGGACCGGCGCAGGACGGAUCCCGGCGCCCAGGUUGCGGUGGACGACAGGAACAACCCGGACGACGUUCCCGGCCCGCGGGUCCGGCAGCAGACCCUGGACCUGGUCUCGGUGCUGCGGGAUGUGGGCGGGGUGGGCGGCGGCGGCGGCGCCGACUACUUGUUGCUGACCGAGGACGACGCGACGAUGUGCGAGGGACACCUGGCGGGAAUAGGGCGGCGGAUGGCCGCUGCCGCCGCCGUGGACCCCAUGUGGACGAUGCUUCGCACCUCCAUAGGGUUCAUCGGGAUCGUCAUGCACCGCGCGGACUCCAACGCGCUGGCCAACUUUCUCGAGAUGCACUACCAGCGCAAGCCCCCGGAUAUUUUGCUCAUCGAGUGGGUGGCGGGGAACUGGGAGGGCGGGGUGCGAGCGCACGGAGCUCGAGCCAGGGGCGAGCGCCUCAUCCCCGACUCGAAGGAUCCGACGCUGCGAACGGUGUCCAAGUCCGCGGCGAGGGCGCCCCUGGCGAGGCAGCACUUUGUCAGCCUGAAGAACUCUUUCGCGCACAUCGGGGAGGUGAGCUCGCUUCGGUUGACGCACGCGAGUGUCACGCCCGAGUGCGACGCGCCGCUCACGUCUUUCCUCUGGGCGUUGGAGCGGUUCAAGGACACGGCGAGGUGCGCGGAUGUCGGGAUCGUGCCGUGCGAGCGUUCGGCGCCGCGUGAGCCGAGGGGAUAG